AAUACAAACAGAAAGUUGACCCGUUUAAAAAAGAAGAAUGCUCAUUUAGUCAUUUCAACUCUACUAUAAAUUUAGAAAUGGACAAAAUUCCUUAAUUCUUAAUAGUACUGUUACCUGGGAACCAGAAUUUUCAGAAUUUUCAGCAUAUUUUCUCUCCCAUUUCUAUUCCUCUCUUCUUCUCUUCUCGAAACUUGAAAUUAGCAAUCAUUUUCAAACAAUUGGGUUGUUUAAAGGUGACAUAAUAAAAAGUUUGGAACUUUGAAGCUAAUCAUAGAAGAAGGUUCAAGUUUUUGAGAUGGGUAAUUUGAUUGGUUGCUAUGGAGGAGGAUCCGACCCAACUGUUUUACCCCCUGAAGUUGAAACUCUCAAAACUCUUUCUUCAGGAACUCCUGGUAGAAACAUAUCUGGUAAAGGGUUUUCAGAGAGUAGUAGUUCAGAAUAUAGUGGAUUGUCAUUUGGAGAUAAUCUUACUUUUGAAGAUUCAUUUCCAACUGGAGAAUUGUUGGAUAAACCCAAUUUGAGGGUUUUCACUUUUGCUGAACUCAAAAGUGCUACUAAGAAUUUUAAGCCUGAAACACUUUUGGGUGAAGGAGGAUUUGGGAAGGUCUACAAAGGUUGGAUUGAUGAGAAAACAAAUGUGUCUAAUUCUAAAAGUGGGUUGAAGAUUGCUGUUGCUAUUAAGAAGCUCAAUUCUGAAAGUGUUCAGGGUUUUGAAGAAUGGCAGUCGGAGGUUAACUUCUUGGGAAGGCUUUCCCACCCUAACCUUGUUAAGCUAUUGGGAUAUUGCUGGGAGGACAAAGAAUUGCUUCUUGUGUAUGAAUAUUUGCCUAAAGGAAGCUUGGAAAACCAUCUAUUUAGAAGGAAUACUUCCAUGGAACCACUAAGCUGGGACAGACGGAUGAGUAUAGCAGUGGGAGUAGCUCGUGGGCUAGCUUUUCUGCAUAACUCCGACAAGCAAGUCAUCUACAGAGAUUUCAAGGCCUCGAAUAUACUUCUUGACGUGAAUUAUGAUGCGAAGAUAUCAGAUUUCGGAUUAGCUAAAUUAGGGCCAUCUGGUGAGAACACACAUGUGACGACUAGAAUCAUGGGUACAUAUGGUUAUGCUGCACCAGAGUAUGUUGCUACAGGUCACUUAUAUGUGAACAGUGAUGUAUAUGGAUUCGGAGUUGUGCUUCUCGAGAUGCUAACUGGGUCACGAGCACUUGAUUUAAACCGCCCAAAAGGACAGCAAAGUCUCGUGGAAUGGACGAAGCCAUACCUGUCCAACAAGAACAAGCUGAGGCAUAUUUUAGAUCCUCGGCUUGAGGGCCAGUAUUCUCUGAAGGCAGCAUUCGAGUUGGCUCAACUCACAGUAAAAUGCAUCAGACUCGAUCCAAAAACCCGCCCUGACAUGAAAGACGUGGUGGAAAUGCUACAAAAAAUUGAAGCCAUCAAAGUCAAGAAGCGUGCAGAAAAAUCUGCUGCUAAUCACAAUCACUCCAAAAAUGGCCUUCGUUCUCCUUAGCAUCUGCAACUCGGUGGCAUAAGAACUAAGAUGGGGUCUUAGUCGUGAAAUUGGCUGGGGAAUUGCAUAUGAUGUAUUCUUAAGCAGAGGUUUGCUAAUGCAAUUUACCUAAAAUGCAUGAUUCUGAUCUAUUGUUUAUGAGCGAUUUAUUAUCAUGUGCGCAAUUUUCGUCACUGAUUAUUGUCAAAUAUUGUUGUAAGAUCACAACUGUGUUGGUUUAGUGGAUAUAGUUUGAAUC